AUGUUUAAAGUGCUGAACGUAGUUUGUAGCAAACUGCUGCCUGAUAUUAGAUCUACAAUGAGUUCAGGUUGGCUGGCCUGGGAGUGUAUAGUGUUUGGGGUGUUUGUAGCAGCCACAUCAUGUAUGCCCUUAUGGAGGAGAAGGAAUCCAAGUGACGCAGGACUCAGCGCAAAGGAAGCAUAUAUCUUCGCUGAAAGUGGAGUCUCUAUACUGGCUAUGAUACUCUCUGUUGGGAGAGGUACACUAGGUGUCCGGUCUUUUUUAGGUUUUCCCUCAGAGCUUGUGUAUCAUGGUUCAGCGAUGUGGGAGACGCUUUACGGCAUCAUAUUGGCAUUUCCCAUCGUUUGUUUCCUGUUCGUGCCAGUUUACUACAGGCUGCACACCAACUCUGUGUACGAAUACUUAGAGUUACGUUUUGGGUCUGCGUCGGUUAGAAAAUUAGCAGCGGCCACAUUCCUGAUUCGCCAAGUACUGAACCUCGCAGUGACAGUAUAUACACCUACAGUGGCCCUUCAUGCCGUGCUAGGCCUUCCUCAUUGGGCCUCUGCUGCCGUACUCACUGUUGUGGCUAUAGUUUUCAAUCUCCUUGGUGGAUUAUCUGCUGCUAUCAGAGCGGACGUCAUUCAAACUUUAGCCAUGGUGAUGAUUAGUGUGGCAUUUAUAACACAAGCAACAGUCAAAGUUGGCGGUCCGGGGAAGGUGCUCCAAGACAAUAUCGACGGAAACAGAUUGCAGUUUUUCAAAUUUACUUGGGAUCCAACCGUACGCGUGGAUACAUUAUCCGCCAUCUUUGGUCAGUUAUUCAUGUCUGUCUCCAUUUAUGGUUGCCAGCAGACGUUUGUUCAGAGAUACUGCUCCAUGUCUAGUGAGAGUCGGGUCAAGAAGACCCUUCUCGCUAAUGUCCCAGCGGUGGGCGUCCUCUUCAGUCUAUCGUGGAUUGUGGGUAUGGCGAUAUACUCCGUGUACAAGAACUGCGAUCCUUUGAUGUCUGGUCACAUUUCAGCCAAGGAUGAAGUUUUGCCAUACUAUGUGGAAGAUCAGUACGCAUUUUUGCCUGGCAUGUUGGGUUUAUUCCUCGGAUGUCUAUUCAAUGGUGCCCUAAGUUUCCUAGUUUCGAACGUGAAUUCUCUGGCUACGGUUACAUGGGAGGAUUUCGUAUCUGCAGCACAACCUUUCAAGGGUAUAAAGGACAAACAGCAACUGACAGUCAUCAAAAUAAUUGGAAUCGUUUAUGCGUUGGUGAUAAUGUGCCUGUCGUUAGCUGUGGGCAUGGUAGAGGGAGUGGUGGAAGGGUCGCUACUAGUGACGUCAGCCACUUCAGGCGCAUUACUCGGUGUGUUCCUGUUGGCGACUAUAUGCCCCGCGGCCAAUGGUACUGGGGCAUUAUGUGGAAUGCUGCUGUCACAUGUACUGUGCGUGUGGUUGGCGUGUGGCAGGCUGUUGUACGUGAAUGGCAGUAAAGCGACGCUGCCUACUGAUAUAGGGGGUUGUGCAAACGAGACAGUGAGCAUGUUUCACAAGCCGCAGCCGGUGGGACAGAAUGAGACACUGAGGAUGCUUGCACCGAUCCUUCAAGCACUAAAUACGAGUCACGCGAUGCCCACUCAAAGUACCAUAUCCUCCGGUCUUCUAACUACGUAUUCAAUCUCAUAUAUGUGGUAUGCAGUUAUCGGCACAAUAGCAUGUUUUAUUUCUGGUUAUAUCAUCGGCCUUUUGACUAGUAAAGACUCCGAUAUCUACGACGAAAGAUUACUACAUCCUUUAGUAGCUAAACUAGCUAGAAAAAUGCCUGGAAAACCCAGAAAAUUCUUGAAUGCCAAGACAGAGAAACGCGUAGAAGAGAAAGAGUCCUCUGAGAAAACAGAAGAGACAGUAGCAGAAGAAGUUAAACCUUCCGUUGUUUUUACGACAAAUGCUAGCAGACUGUUCGAAAUAUAUGAGACAAAAAGAUCGCCAUCACCUUUCCCGGAAAGAACAAGAUUGUGAUUGGCUUUAUUAUAGGUUAUAAUACGUUCC